AUGAGGCCACUAAGGCUAGUGGUAAACCAAUAUUUGCUGACCAUCUCACUAUGUGCGUUGUUUUCUGGAUUUUGCCUGGCACAAACUGUGGUUAGAGAGUCCAUUCCUAACGACUGCUAUCGAUUCCAUGAGACCCGUUUACUGAGCUGUCCUCCGGGAUUUCAUUGGAACUCGCAGCUCCAACGAUGCGAUCUGCAGGCCACCGCUGGCUGUUCCUCCAUCAAUCCGCUGCCGAAUUGGAGUAAACCCAUUCCGGCGGAGUUCAAAGUACCAGAACAUUUUAAUCUUUCCGAAGUUUGUGACAAAAAGCUCGGCCAGCUGAUUGCUUACCCGGGUGACUGCACCCGCUUCAUCCAGUGCGAUUAUCUGCCCUUUGUGAAGACCUGUCCGCAGUACCUCUUUUGGAACUCCCACCUACUUACCUGCGAUAAAACAUGUGUUUAA